UCCAGAGGCCUGGCCUCCCGCGCACCUGCAGGAAUCCCUAAGGCAGGUGAGCGCUAAGGUUAGAGACCCAGGGCGAGGGACAAGGGGAUGACUUGGCCCUGGGAUCCUCCAGACCCUUCUCCGCCUUCACAAUGCUGAACUCUUGGCCCUUGCGGGUGUUGCUGCUGCUGUCGCUGUGGGGACUGCCACUCCGGAGGGCGCAGACAGGCUCUGGGGCACAGACGGUGGGGGGGCUAUACCAACAAUGGGAAGAGUACCGACGGGAAUGCCAGGAGACCCUGGAUGCCGCGGAGCCGCCCUCAGGCCUUACCUGCAACGGAUCUUUCGAUAUGUAUGUCUGUUGGGACUACGCUGCUCCCAACACCACAGCCCGUGCGUCGUGUCCCUGGUACCUGCCCUGGCACCAGCACGUGGCUACAGGCUUCGUCCUCCGCCAGUGUGGCAGUGAUGGGCAGUGGGGACCUUGGAGAGACCACACUCAGUGUGAGGACCCAGAGAAGAAUGGGGUGUUUCAGGACCAGAGGCUGCUCUUGGAGCGGCUGCAGGUUGUGUACACCAUUGGGUACUCCCUGUCCCUGGCCACACUGCUGCUAGCCCUGCUCAUCUUGAGUUUCUUCAGGCGGCUCCACUGCACUCGUAAUUACAUCCACAUCAACCUGUUCGCAUCCUUCAUGCUCCGCGCGGCAGCCAUCCUCACUCGAGACCGACUGCUGCCUCCCCCGCGGCCCUACCCUGGGGAUCAGACCCCUACCCUAUGGAACAAGGCCCUGGCUGCCUGCCGCACGGCCCAGAUCAUGACCCAGUACUGCGUGGGUGCCAACUACACGUGGCUGCUGGUGGAGGGCUUGUACCUGCACCGGUUGCUGGUGCUCGUGGGGGGCUCGGAGGAAGGCCACUUCUGCGGCUACCUGCUCCUCGGCUGGGGGGCCCCCGCGCUUUUCGUCAUUCCCUGGGUGAUCGUCAGGUACCUGUACGAGAACACACAGUGCUGGGAGCGGAAUGAUGUCAAGGCCAUUUGGUGGAUCAUACGCACUCCCAUCCUAUUAACCAUCUUGAUUAAUUUCCUCAUCUUCAUGCGUAUUCUUGGCAUCCUCGUGUCCAAGUUGAGGACGCGGCAGAUGCGCUGUCCGGAUUAUCGACUGAGGCUGGCUCGCUCCACGCUCACGCUGGUGCCUCUGCUGGGCGUGCAUGAGGUGGUGUUCGCUCCAGUGACCGAGGAACAGGCCCGGGGUACCCUGCGCUUUGCCAAGCUGGCCUUCGAGAUCUUCCUCAGUUCCUUCCAGGGGUUCCUGGUCAGCGUCCUCUACUGCUUCAUCAACAAGGAGCCUUUGCAGGUGCAGACAGAGAUCCGCCGGGGCUGGCACCACUGUCGCCUGCGCCGCAGCCUCCGUGACGUGCCUAGCCAGCGCCCAGAGCACGUCUCCCGGGGCUCUGGCCCAGUCGAAGUCCCCAUCCGCCGCGCCUUCUCCUCGAAGUCGCUUCCAGGGCCUGGAGAUGAGGUCUUGGAAAGUUACUGCUAGGUAACGAGAAGGUGGUGUAUGUUGAGUAUUUACUGCGUGCCGGCCGUGCGGUACCAGACCCGGUGUGGGGGACGCUGGGGAGACGGGGGAGGAAGAAACAGAAGACAAAGUCCUUGCCUCCUGGAGAUGACAACUGUGCGGGGGAAACGGAUGGUGAAGACAGAACAAGGUACCCACAGACUGUGCAGCCCUAAGGAGAGCUUGUAAACUGUCCCAGGGGUCCUGGGGGUCAUUUCUGAGGAGGUGACGCCGAAGCAAUGCCUGAAAGAGGUGAAGGAGAGAGCGGUGCAGAGACUCGGAGGACAAGACUCUAGGCAGAAGGCGAGGCUUGGGGGAGGCCCUGGGGCAGGAAGGUGCCUAGAGUGGGAGAAGUCGGUGCCCAAAGGCGGGGAGAAGUGGGCAGGGGCAGGCGCAGGGCGCGGGGUGCGCCUGUUUGGAGUGGACAGGAAAAUUAGGGGGGCCUCGGUGGGGCUGGAGAGAGGAGUGUUCUUUGCGUGUGAAGCUGGCAUCUCCUUGUAGGGUACUCCAGGGGGCGUGAUGUGAGGUCCUGGAACCCGAGGGAGGUGAACUCCGACACAGAACUGGAGACGUCUGGGAGGCAGGGGGUUUGGGGUGGAGAUACAGGCAGACAGUUCCUGGCCAGCCUCAGAGCUGAAACCUCAUGUCCAGAGUGGCCAGGACCAGCGCUGGCUGGGGAAGGAUGUGGGCCCCACCCUUCUACGACAGGGUCUCCAGGAACUGGGGAAGUGCGGGACAAACCCAAGGUCUUGUCCUGGCUCCAUCCACAUGCAAGACGCCACUCCAGAGCCUGCCUCCCUAGAUGGAUGUGCCCCACGCUGAACUUGGAGCCUUCUCAAGCUUAUGUCCCUGCUAUACUCCAGACUGCACCCCUUUGUGAGGGGGCCUAAGGGUCGGGCCCAGGCAUAUAAAUCAGCAGAAACUGCUUUUUAAAUGUCUGACAUAGGAGCAGCUCUGUGGCCAGGCCACAAAGGGAAGUGACUGAGGAGGGCUGCAUGGCUGCUGGGGGCUGGCAGUGGCCUUGCUCCCCCUCAGCCAUGCCACAAGGAAACAUGGACCCUGUGCUGCCAGUACCCCCUGCCUGAGAAUCCCGGUGGGAACACUCCAUGUAGUCUCCUCACAAUAAAC